UUUAUUUCCACCAUUUAUUUUUUUCCCUUCAGAAUCACGACCCUAUCAUGGAAAUCCUUUAACGUGAGGUCCUUUCAUGCAUGGCUGUGAAAAAACAUCAUUAGCCAUAUCUGUUUGUGCGUGAAGCUGAGUGGAAAAUGUCCCGUAAUGGCAAAUGUCUCUCCCGAGGGCGGGUGGGAGUAAAGUAGGUCUGCCAGGUUGUACGUUAACUCGAGCUGCUGUUUUUUUUUUUUUUUGAAAAUGACUCAACCGUACAGGACCCGGCGCGGGGGGAUGUCUGAAAAAAAAAGCUUCAUUUAAUCAAGUCACUGGCUGGUCGAUGGCGGCGGGAGUGCACGAGUUGCACACGCAGCCUGUGUCGGGGAUCGCGAGAGGACUAGAGCGAGCAUGACGGCGGCGGCGGCGGCGGGCGACGGGUUGAAGCCACGGGUGACGGGUUUCAUCCUGAGCGUGGCCUCCUGCCUCAUCGUGGGCACCAACCUUCUGGUGGCUGCAGCCCUCCUGCGCCUUCUGGCUAAAAGGUGCAGCCAGAGCUGGUGCUUCGUCCUCAACCUCGCCCUGGCUGACAUCCUGGUGGGCUUGGCCAUUACCGGUCUGGCCACAGAGGACUUCGGUACCAACGUCACCUCCACGGACUACCACCACCACCAUCGCUACUACCGCCACGGCGCCGGGAACUUCACAUCCCCGGCUCCGGGAAAGAGCCGCUGUUUGAUGCGGAUGGCCUUUGUGAUGUCGCCGUGCACGGCGUCCAUUUUGUCCAUGUUUCUGAUCUCGUUGGACCGCUACGCCGCCAUCAAGGUGCCCCUGAGGUACACCAGGUUUUCUGGAAAGGGGACGGCGGCCGGAUCCCUGGUGGCUCUUUGGGCUUGUUCGGUCAUCGUGGGAUUCUUACCAGUGAUGGUCCGCCAGCUGCAGACGGACGGCUACGGUGGCCUGUGCGCCUUCUUCUCCGUCAUCUACCCGACGGGCAUCAUCGUCCUGUUCAGCGCCUGUUUCUUCCCCGUCCUCUCUGCGUUUGUGUACAUCUACAUGGACAUCCUGAAGAUUGCCUGUGGCCACCAACGCCAGAUCUUCCAGAUCAGCCAGGCGGGCUCUCGGACUACCGCCGUCCACCGGCACUCUUCCCAGUGGCCCCAAGCGAGGAGCCGCUACUGGAGCCACGUCAAGGCCCUGAGGACCGUGGCCUUGCUAGUGGGCUGCUUCCUGACCCUGUGGUGUCCCUUCUUCGUGGUGAGCAUCGUGCAGCUGCUGUGUAAAAGCUGCCGGCUCAUCACGGUGUUGGAGAACCACCUGUGGCUGCUGGGCAUGUCCAACUCGCUCAUCAAUCCACUCGUCUACGCCUGUUGGCAGAGGGAGGUGAGGACGCAGAUAGCGGACAUGUUUGCGUGCCUGGCGGGGAGGGGGUCGGCUCCCGGACCGGUCUACGGUUGGAGACCUUCAGUGGCGAGGACGGACUCGAACUGGCGGCCUCGAACUGGAGCCUAA